CGAGAAAGGACAGAGAAAUUCUGCAAGCGGCCGCCCCAUUGGCAACGCAACGCGACCAAGACUCUUCGCCAAGAAGGAACUCCUUUCGUCCCAAGUUCUUCUUUACUUGCUAGACCUCGCUUGACAAGUCAGCACGAGAGACUGAGAGAGAGAGACAGAGAGAGAGAGAGCUGAAGCUGAGGCGUUUAUUCGUUGCUGGGCUCUUCCCAUUCCGUUCGGUACGCACGCCGACGCGCUCGCCGGGGGGGAACCGGCGGCGAUCCGAUCGUCGUCCGAGCUGGAAGCGCCUUUGACUUGCGGGCGAUGACGAGGGGGGACGAGGGGUCGUCGUCUGGAGCGGCGCCGGGCAACGUGUACGUCGCGGUGGGGAGCGACGGCGCGGAGGGCGAGACGAUGCUCCUGUGGGCGCUGCAGAACUUCGGGGGCGACUUCAAGUACUGCAUCCUGCACGUCGGGCAGCCCGGCGAAUUUGCAAGGGAGAAUACGAACAAGAUUCUGGAUGCAUACAUUCAAAUGUGUAACCACGAAAAGGUUUUUUCGAUGAAAUUAUAUGCUGAGAUGCAGGAUGUAAGACAAGGGAUUGUAGAACUUGUCGAGCAGCAUUGCAUCAGGAAGCUCGUUAUGGGAGCAGCAGCAGAUAGACACUACAUUGAGGGCAUGGCACAGCUUAAGUCUACAAAAGCAAUGUUUGUGAAUGAGCAUGCUCAUCCAUCCUGUGAAAUUUGGUUUAUCUGCAGAGGCAAUCCAGUUUACUUGAGGGAAAGCAGGUCAAGUACCUCUUAUCCAGUGAGGUCCCAUGUUCAAUCUGGACAGAGUACUCCAGGUUCAGAUAACUCUGGAUCUGACUCUAGCAUAGCUGCAGAUGAUCAAGCCUUGGUUCAGUUUGAAAGUCCUGAAAGGAGCAAGGAAAGCUUGGAAACAGAUCCGUUGCCUGCUGUUCAUCAACCUCCAUUUAGGGCAGCAGAAGGAGUUAACAGUGAGGAACUCUGUGAACAUCUUCACAAAGUAAUAUCAGAUGUCACAAAGGCAAAAAGGGAGGCAUGUGAUGAGUCCAUCUGCCGUUAUGAAGCUGAAAAGGCUGCAAUCAAGGCUAAGUGCAAAGCUAAUGCACUCGAGAACUCAUAUGCCGAGGAAUUAAGUAGGAGGAUUGAUCUUGAGAAGAUGCUAAAGAAUGAAAGGGAGAGAUGCAAAAUGAUCGAGAAUGAGAGAAAUGGCUUACAAACGCAGCUCGAAAUUGCACUUGCAAACCGGCAGGAUCAGGAAGUCAUUGCCAAGUUUUCUUUGUCAGAAAUUCAGGAAGCUAUUGGAAGUUUCCAUCCUCACUCGAAAAUAGAGGAAGGGGAUUACGGAAGCACUUAUAAAGGUUUUCUUCGUCAUACCCAAGUGAUCAUAAAGAUGAUGUAUUCUGAUAGCCCAGAGGACAAAUCACAGUACCAUCAGGAGGUUCGCAUUGCGAGCGUGUUGAGGCAUCCAAAUUUGGUCACCCUCAUUGGGGUUUGCCCAGAAGCUUGGGCUAUCAUCUACGAGUAUCUCCCAAAUGGUAACCUUGAAGACUGGCUAAGUGGAGACAACGCUGCCCCACUAUCAUGGCAAACAAGGAUACAGAUAUGUAGAGAUACAUGUGCUGCACUUAUUUUUUUGCACUCAUUUGAACCUCAUGGGAUAGCUCAUGGUGAUCUGACACCCAAAAAUUUUCUUCUUGAUGCCAACUUCGUGGCUAAACUGAGCAACUUCAGAUCACAUGAUGCACCUUUCAGUUCCCAUGCGACAGGAGACUUUUCUGCUGAGUCAGAUAUUUAUUCAUUUGGGGUCGUACUAUUGCGAUUACUUGUUGGUCAAGCAGCAUUGGAUUUGGACGACAUUGUGCAAAAUGCGUUGAAUAAUAAUGAGUUAGAUGCCGUAUUGGAUCAAACGGCAGGGCAAUGGCCACUUGAGCAGGUCACAGAGCUAGCACGCCUAGCUUUGAGUUGCUGUGGGAUAGAUAAUAGCAACCGACCGGAUCUUCGGUUGGAGGUGUGGCCACUGCUUGAACAAAUCCAAACACUAUGUGAGCAAGCGUCAUCAUCUGAUCGUUCUUCAGGAGGUACUCAGCAGUCCUCGUCAUCUCAUCAUUCUCCCGGUGAAGAGCAUACCCAGCCUCCUUCAUACUUCCUGUGUCCAAUAACACAAGAACUAAUGGAAGACCCUGUCAUGGCAGCGGACGGCCACACAUAUGAAGCGGAGGCGAUAAGGGAGUGGCUGAAUAGGCACGACACUUCACCCAUGACGAACCUUCAGCUCCAAAACUUGGAUCUCAUACCCAACAGGAUUGUUCGGUUGGCUAUUCAAGAAUGGCGUCGGAUCAAUGGAAGCUUAGUGUGGUCUGUCAAACAGAAAAAUCUGUGUACAUUCCAGGAGGAGAGUGAUAUACGUAAGAACAUACGCCCGCGAGUAAAACACGAGGUUAUGACUUAUGAUGGUAAUUUCGUGGGAGCAGGGCUGUUUUUGUUUAUGCUUUGACAAAAUCAAAGAGUAAUUUUGCACUUCUCCGUCGAAAUUUAAAAUGUCAUCUAUAUUUCAGAAAAUAAUGAGAGAAAUUAUGCGCCGCUUGACA